AAAAUCAAUCGAAAUUGUGCGAUUGAGAAAUGACAUCAAAGAUUUCUUUCCAUGGGAGAAACUGGAUAUUACACAGUAAGCUAAAUCUACUGAAUCCUAGACAUAAUCCUAAUGGUGCAUGCAACGCUGCAUCGACAUCCACAUUGCCAUCAGACAGUUCGAUGAAUGUGUUCGAUAGGAAUGCAAAGUUGUUGCAGCGUGAACGUGCCGCCAAAGAUGCUAACGUCCAGGUAUAUGAUUACAUCAAAGACGAGGUAGGCGACAGAUUGGCAGAUAGAAUAUUCGACAUCAAACGAAAGUUUGGUAGGAUCCUCGAUUUGGGAUGUGGCCGUGGUCAUGUAUCCAAGCGGAUCUCCAGCGAGUCUGUGAAGGAAUUGGUGCUAGCUGACAUGAGUCCGGGUCUUCUGCAGCAGGCUAAGACCACAGAAGGUGUAAGAGUCAAGAAGAAAGUCAUCGACGAAGAGAAUCUGUCUUUUGAGCCUGAUAGUUUCGACAUGGUGAUUAGUUGCCUAAGUCUUCAUUGGGUCAAUGAUCUCCCUGGAUGUUUCAGUCGUAUCAAUAGUAGCCUGAAGAAUGAUGGAGUCUUUAUAGCAGCUGUAUUUGGUGGCGAUACACUUUACGAAUUGAGAAGUUCCUUGCAAUUAGCUGAAUUUGAGAGAUACGGUGGGAUCUCACCACACAUCUCGCCAUUUGUACAAAUCAGAGACAUUGGAUCUUUAUUAACAAGAGCAAACUUUACUAUGUUGACUAUCGAUACCGAUGAGAUAGUCAUUGGUUACCCAAGCAUGUUUGAGCUUAUGUGGGAUUUGAAAGGAAUGGCUGAGAACAAUGCAGCUAGAAAUCGCAAUUUGCAUCUAUCAAGGGAUACGCUAAUCGCAGCCGCAUCUAUAUAUAAAAAGCUUUACGGAAAAACAAAAGAAGAUAACAUAACAUUUGUUCCCGCCACGUUUCAGAUAAUAUAUAUGUUAGGAUGGAAACCAGACAAAUCUCAACCAGAGCCUCUCAAGAGGGGAACAGGACAAGUAUCGCUCAAGGAUUUGUACAAACUGGAUCAAAUCAUCAAAGAAAGCAAGAAGAUAAAAUUAGACGAUGAUGAUAAAUAGUCUGUG